AUGAGACAAUCAAAUCAAUUUCGUACAAACGAAACACCUAACUUACCAGAACCACCGCCACCUUACAAUGAAGUUUUCAACGAUUAUGAAUAUGUCACAGAACGUCCAUCACAAAGAUUAAGAUCGCAAAAUAACAAUAAUGGUGAUUUUGUUAAGCCUGAAUUACCUGAAUUCUUACAAAAUAUGGGUCCUGGUCUAUCACCAUUGAAAGAAAAUCCACCGGUUACAUUAUCUUGGUACGAUGUUCGAGCAACAGCAUCUGCCAAACAAAGUUUUAUUAAACAAAAAAUUAAUAAAUGUUUAGGUAAAGAAAUUCAAGGACCCAAAGAGUUAUUAAAAGGAGUUAGUGGUAUUGUUAAAUCGGGUGAGAUGUGUGCCAUCAUGGGAGCUAGUGGUGCAGGUAAAACAACUUUAAUGAAUAUAUUGACUCAUCGUCGACCAGGUAAAUUACGUAUUAGUGCUGAUGUUCGAAUAAAUGGUGAAAAAAUGAAAAAAGAUAUAUCCGGUGUAUCAGGUUUUGUUCAACAAGAAGAAUUAUUUAUUGGUUCAUUAACUGUUCGAGAACAUCUUCGAUUUCAUUCAAUGCUUCGCCUUGGAAAAGAAUUUACCAAAGAUGAACGAAAUAAUCGUGUCAAUGAAGUUCUUCAGUUUCUUAAUUUAACUAAAUCUGAAAAUACAACUAUUGGUAUUCCAGGUAUUGUAAAAGGUUUAUCAGGUGGUGAAAAACGUCGUUUAACAUUUGCUACUGAAAUACUUAGUGAUCCUCCAUUACUUUUUUGUGAUGAACCAACAUCUGGUUUAGAUUCAUCGAUGGCAUUUAUUAUAGUACAAGCUAUGCGAAAAUUAACUGAUCAAGGCAAAACAAUUAUUUUUACUAUACAUCAACCAUCAUCAGAAAUAUUCUUUCUAUUUGACAAAUUAUAUUUAUUAGCUGAAGGUCAAUUGGCAUAUUUUGGUUCACUUGAAAAAGCUCCAGCAUUUUUUCGACAAUUCGAUUUGGAAAUUCCACGUAAUUAUAAUCCAGCUGAUUUUUAUAUUCAACAACUUGCUAUUUAUCCAAAAACACGUGAACAAAAUCUUGCUCAAAUUGAUUUUAUUUGUGAUGGAUAUGAAAGCUCUCCACAAUAUUCACGUUAUAUGUCGGAAAUCGUUUCCCUUCAUUCAUCGAAUUCCGAAGAUGAUAAUAAUAAUUUCUUUUCACGAUUAUUUAAUCGAUGGUAUGCAGCAGAUAAACAAAAUGAUAUAAAUGAUGUUGAUAUACAACAUAAACAAUCAUCUAGAUAUAAAACAAAUAGUUUUACACAAUUUCGUUGGUUAAUAUGGCGUAAUUUUGUUAAUUUUUUUAAAAAUCCAUUCGAAAUUCGUCUUCGUAUUAUACUUGCCAUUUUUGUCGGUGUACUUAUCGGUCUCUUAUAUAUUCGUCUUAAGUAUGAUCAAACAGCUGUACAAAAUAUGAAUUCUUUAAUUUUCUUAAUUAUUAUUAAUACAUCAUUUUCAAAUAUAUUUGCUGUUACACAAAGUUAUACGAAAGAAUAUCCAAUAUUUUAUAAAGAACAUGAUGAUGCUGUUUAUCGUGUAACACCAUAUUAUUUUGCAAAAUUUAUUACUGAACUUCCUUUAAUUGCACUAACAACUCUCAUUCAAGUAACACUUACGUAUUGGAUGUCAAAUUUAUAUGCAUCAGCAAAACGAUUUUUUAUAUUUGUUGGAAUAAUUAUUUUAACAAGUUUUGCAUCGGUUGGUCUUGGUUCAGUUAUAUCUGUUAUUUCGGAUACACCUGAACAAGCGCAAGCAUUACAAAUACCAAUUCUUCUUCCAUUGAUGGUUUUUGGUGGAUUCUUUUUAAAUAAUGAUUCUGGUCAAAAAUGGUUAACAUGGAUUAAAUAUAUUAGUUGGUUUUAUUAUGGUAAUGAGGCAUUAAUUGUAAGUCAAUGGGCUGAUGUGAAUAAUUUACCAUGUGAAGGUCUUGCUCCAGAACUUCCAUGUUAUCAUAAUGGUGAUAAAAUUUUACAACUAGUUAAUUUUGAUAAGUCUCAUUUUGGUCGUGAUAUCGGUCUUAUUAUUGUACUAUGGUUUGCUUUACGUGUUUUGAGUUUUUUCAUCUUACUUUAUAAAUCAAAAUUUCAUAAAUAG